CGUCCUGAGUCUCCCGGAAGCCGACUUCCGGCAUCCCUUGUCACAGAAGUUGGGAGGCAGCGGCUCGGACAAUGAGGCAGAAGCACUACCUGGAGGCGGCGGCGUGGGGUCUACGCGAGAGCUGCCCGGGCCAGGCCCGCUACCUCCUCUGGGCCUACAGUUCCUCUCACGUUUUAGAUAAUAGCACCUUUGAAGGAACAUGUCCAUACUGUUUCCAGUUGUUGGUUUUGGAUAAUGCUCGAGUGCGCCUCAAACCCAAGGCCAAAUUGACACCCAAAAUACAGAAACUUCUUAAUCAACAAGCAAGAAAUUAUGCACUCAGUUUCAAAGAAGCAAAAAUUGUGAAGAAGUACAAGAAUUCCAAAAGUGUAUUGUUGAUUACUUGCAAAACAUGCAACAGAACAGUUAAGCACCCUGGUAAAAGUAGAGGCUUUUUGUCAGCCUUGAAAAGCAAUCCUGCCAGUCCCGUCAGUAAAGUCAGCCCAAUGGGGCCAGAGAAGACUCCACGUUCUGCAAAUCAAAAUCAUGGUGUAGCUGGUUGUGAAAGCAAGAGCCCAGCAUUGAUUUUCAGAACACCUGUAUCUGGACAAUCAACACCCAUUUGCUCCUCAAGGAAUAUGAGCAAAAGAAAGAAACAUUUCUCCCAACUAAAAAUGUUGCUUAGUCAAAGUGAAUCUACAAAUAUUCCAAAGGCAGACUUCAGAAAUUUCUUAUCUUCACUGUGAAGAGGAAACUUUGA